CGAAGUUCACAGUUUAUGGUCAAUGUGCGUUGGGUAGAGACCGUUGCUGCUGUCCGGCAGCACGGUGAACGUGAUUUUAUUUGACUGAUUUUCGAUGAAUUCGAUUCCAAAUGUCAGUAAUUCCCUCGUACGCGUAAUCUGCACACAGUUUCGCGGAUAAAUGAGCUUGCAAGACAGCCUAUUCGCCGAAGACGUGGAGCACGACGUGACUCUGUUUUCAAGGGAUAAGAAACGGAAAAGGGUACUCGUCUUUCCACCUGUAAACAACUAUCGGAGAUACAUCAUACACCAGUUGGUGCAGGACCGUUUUGCCGAUCUGCACACAUUCUCGAUCGGCCAAAGUUCUGCCAGACGAACCGUCGUCUGUUACAAGAGUGACGUGAUAAGGGAUCCGAAAUUGAAUGGUGAACAGUGUAAACCAACAACAAAAGGUAUUGAUACGUUGUUCGAGAUGGGUGUUGAAGGACAACGAUCGCCUUCCGCAUCUCCAGAACACGUACGAGUUCAAAGACAAAUCAAAUCAACGCCAACAGUUGAGAUCUAUAGGCCACCAGCUGCUAGGAGAGUCAGAAAUGAACUUCAAACAAGCGUGGACCAAGUUCAGAUACAAACAUCUGCCGAUUCAUUUACUACAAAAACUUCUCGUCAAAGAAGGCCAGAUCGUGCAGUUUACAUACCAAGGCAUCGUAGAAGUUUGGAAACGGAAGGAAGUCCUCAACCUCAAUCAGAAUCUGCUCGUGUGAAUCGUAUAGUUAAGGACAGCUUGCCCUCUGCUUUUUGUGGACAAUCAAGAUCAAGUUCGAAUGUCAAAGAAAUGGACAGCGAAACUGAUGCACAGCAAAGUAUGGAAUGUGAAAAAACGAGAUCAAAUACGUACUUCGAUAAUAAUCAAAGCAAUGGUGACACCGAAGUCUGUCAAGAAGAUCCAAAGGAAACAACUUCUUCGAUUGUUCCAGAAGAACCUACAAUGGAAGCCAGUAAUGAAAUAGCAAUUGAGCAAUUAUUUAAUUUAAAUGAAGAUGUGCCAAAUAAUUCGAAUAGUGCUCCUGCUUCUGAAGAUAAAUGUGAGAUAACUGAUACAGAAUUUCAGACAGAAACUCUCGGAGAGCAAGAAAUUUCUAGUAAUUCUAGUGAAAUUAAGAAUAACUUAGACUCGGUUGAAACAUGUAUAUAUAGUGAGAUUAAUGUUAAUGAAGAAAUAGACAGAUCUGAUAAAUAUAAGGACGAUAUUAUCAUGAUUAACUCAGAUGCAAAUAAUAAAAAACACGCAGAGAUCUCAAAUAAGGACGAAAUAACGAAUCAAAAGAACGUGCAAAUGAUGCGUCGCAAUAUGGUGUCAAACGUGCUGAUUAUAUCAGAUACUGUACAGAAAGAACCAGAACCUGUUAAGGAGGUUAUUCCAGUUCCUCUAACAUCACCAGAAAAGAAAGUGAAAAAAGUUAUACGGCAGAAAAGUAAACCUGCACCGCCACCUUCUCCGCCAGUUAAAAAAAUGAAUAGGGACGAAUGUGACUGGGACAGUUUGUUCGAUGACAAUGGUGAUUGUCUCGAUCCAACUCUUAUCGAGGAGUUAACAUCGGCUGUUGGUGAUGUUAUGAUAGAACAACCGAAAAGCGAUUAUAAACCAUACACCAAACACAUCGAAGUAUCUAGCGACGAAUUUGCUCACGUUGUUGAAAUUUACAAUUUCCCAUCAGAAUUUAAAACCAGUGACUUGGCAGCUGUUUUUAGUCCUUUCAAGAACGGUGGCUUUGAACUGAAGUGGGUAGAUGACACUCACUGUCUCGGAGUCUUCAGUAGUCCUCUUGUUGCUGCCGAAGUAUUGGCUUCGGACCAUCCGUUUGUUAAAACACGACCUCUAAGUGAGGCCACAGCCUUAAGUAAAACGAAGGCAAAACGAAGCGCGGAAUUUUUACAGCCAUACAGAAGUCGUCCAGAAACGUGCGCGGCAUUAGCGAGACGAUUGGUUACGGGUGCUCUGGGUGUAAAAUUAGCUACUGCUAGACAAGAACGCGAACAUGAAAAGAACAUAUUGCGUGAGGCUAAAGGGAUGUGUCCUUUUUUGUUUCUAGAAAAACGUAGAUUAGCCAACAAACAGCGAGAAGAUGCCUGGGAGGGCAUUAUACCCGAGAAGUAGCAUUAUUUGUUGAAAAUAUAAUGUUCACACAUUGAGAAUUAUUUACAUCGUUGUGUAAGUGUUUUACGACAUUUACAUGCAUUUGUGCCUUACUCAUCUAUUCUCAUCUUUGACAAACUCAUUUUUGUCGAACUGAUUGGGCGAUUGGUUUUGGGAACAUGGGAUGAUUGCUUGCCAAUAGAUGAGUGUGGCAUGACAAAACUAUCAAGUAACAGAUCUAUUUGCUUAGGACUGGUAAAGUGAAUUUUCCAGUGCUUGUUUAUUUUCUACGUAUUAUGCAUAUCACAAUAUUCAGACCAGUUGAAUGAGCGUGCCUGUUGUACUAUUUUCUAACAGAAGGGUAUUAAGUAUUUUAAGUAAACGUCUAAAGGGUGAUUUACAGCCUUGUUAUAUUAGGAAAUUUUAUAAAAG